GGCGUCACAAUCACGCCGUACUUCCGCGGCUUCCGGAACCGUCUCCUCAUUCUGUGUGAUGAUGCCGUGCACACACGUAACCAGAUAAGGUGGUGUAACAAUGGAGGCUUUCAUUGGAGAAUUACGGGAAGUCAGAAGCCUCACAAAUGCUGAGACAGAGUGGCUCGGACGCAUGUACCGCUUCGUGGAGUUGAAUCUCCUUCGGGUGGUAGAAGAUCCCGGUGUCUCCGUGGCAACCCUGUCGGGGCGGCUGGUCCGGUGUCUGUCGGAGCACUGCACCCAAGCGGACGAGCGCCGCCUCCCCGGGACGCAAGCGGAGCCCCUCCCACUCCCGCUCGCCUACACGCUCGUGUCAAUUUCCGACCUAUGCACCAAGAGUCGCCAGGCCUUCUCCAGCUCGCUGGGGCCCAGGUUCGAGCACCUUCUCUCGUGGCCGCACGGCGGCGGAGGGGAGGGGGCGAGGCUGGAGGUCGGCGAGGAGGGUGGGAGGCUGGUGGGAGCGGAGGACAAUGCGGCGCAGGCCGACGUCGAACCCCACGAUGGCCUUCUGCCUCGUUGCCCCUUGCUGCUGUGUGGGAGGGUAACGGAUCGCUCUUCAGAGCCGGGCACCCAGCCCGAUGGCAGCUUGUUCCUGAGGGACUGCACCGGGGCCCUGCAGUGCGAGCUCUCCGACUUCCCGGCCGAGUGGCUCGGCGAGUUGGUGCUGCUGCCCUGCUGGAGCUACGUGCCGGGCGGCGAGCCUCGUGAACCCCCCCACGGCUACGUGGAGGUGCACGGUGGCCCCCUGCGCCUCGUCCCCGGAGGGGAUCUUCCGCGUCGGCGGCGGCCGCGGGCGGCGAUCGCCGCCCUGCGUCCCGACAUGGCCCGCUGCCUGCUGCUCGCCUGCGGUGCGAAGCGAUCGAGGAGGGCCAAGUUUUCCCUCCUGGGCGAGCUGCUGUCCGUCGCACCCCUGCUCUGCAUCCGAGGGAAGUCCUUCUUCGUGCUGCGCCUGGGCUCUGCCUUUUCAACCUCGUCGCAGUCGUUGGCCUCGUCCUCACUCCAGUCCGUGCUCUGCUUCGUGCAGACACCCAGCAAGCUGUUCUGGAGCAGCUGCCUCCGCCCUCAUGAGCACUACCUCAUUACCGACGUCACCAUGACGACCGUGAAUGGUACCCGGCCGGUGUUCGUAGUUUCCCCGACCUCGGAGCUGCAUCCCGCGGGCAAGGCCCACACCAGGGAGCUCGGCUUGAAAGAGGCCCUGACUGCUUCCGGCGUGUCGGGGCGGGACUUCCAGGCGAGCUGCAGGGCCGCGGCCGCCGCUAGGCCCGACGGCCUGGCACGCGAAACGGAAAGAAGCGGUUCGCCCUCGAACGUCAUUUCGUACCGGGGCGUGCUCACACGCGUAAUCAACGCGCACGGCGGCUUGUACGAGCUCGACGGCGAGGUGGGCCUCUGCCUCGCCUACCAGCAGGGCCUGCACCUCGGCCGUGGCCUUCGCAUCGGCGCCACCCUCGAGGUGCACCAGGCCCACCUGGUGCGCUGCCCGUGCCCCGGCUCUCCUCGCGCCGUGCUGGUGGCGUGUGCUCUCGGCUCCGUGCGCGCCGCCUCCUUCUCGCCCCUCGCCUCGCCGUGGGCGCCGCUCCGGGCCCCGUGGAGCGCCCCGGUGCGUGCGCUGCACGCCGCCGGCCUCUCGCCCGCCGCCUACUUCCGACUCCUGCACGAGGUCCGCCGGCUGUCGGAGCGGCUCUGCCCGGACCUCAUCGCCGAGCGGUGCCUGACGAGGUGGCGCGCCGACCCCGCCGACCGAGGCGUCGUCCACGCCCUCUUCCUCUCGCCGGGAGAGCGAGCCGAGGCACCGCGGGGCGGGAGCCCGCCGGGGUCUGCCUCGGAGUCGUGGCGGCGCGGCUGGACCGGCUGCCUGUUUCGCAAGGGCCCCAAGAGGGACGUAUACCUCGAGAUCCUGGAGGAGCCCCAUCGCUGCGUCGUCACGCGGCCCGACGAUGCGGACGACGGUUUGUGGCAGCUGCCCUCCAUGAGCGAAGUGCUGAAGAUGGCCGAGGAGGAGAGCCGCAAGGUGUCAGAGGGCCGCUGUCCUGUUGACUCUGAGCCCCCUCUGGCCAGGGAAGACUCGAGCACGGCGGCCAGGCCUGGCCACAGCGCGGAGAGCAGAAAGGCCUGGGAGUUUUCGGUUUUUGGCCCCAAACAUUUUGAACCGCCGGUGAUCCUGGUGGGCGUGCUCAGAGCGAGCGCGCGCACCGGCCUGCUGCAGCUCGCCGACCGCACGGCCGCCCUCGACUGCCUCGCCGUGCGGCCCCGACCCCUGGGCCGGGGCCGCACGGCGUGCCGGGACGCCGCCUUGCUGGGCUGCCUGGUUCGUCUGAGCUGCUUCUCGUUGGUGGUGGAGAGAUUUACCGAUGCUCGUACGACAGGCACUCGCCAGCACCUCACCAGGAUCUACGCUCAGUUUCACGCCGAUGAAGCUACGGCGCUGUACCGGCCGAGCGGCGGGGUUCGGUUGACGGCGGCGGCCGGCAGCAGCCGCCCGGAACAGGCGCGGGCCGGGCCCGCCGCCGAGCGGCCUCCGGAGACCCAAGAGGACGUCGGUCGCGGGGACGAGGACCUCUCGAGCGGCAGGGCAUCGCCAACGGCCCGCGCGGCGUCGCAGCAGCGUGCCGCCGGGCCCGGCCCGGCGUCCGACGGGGCGGCGAACGGAACGGUUGAAGGCAGAGGCGAGGAGGGGGCUCUUGGCGCGCGACAGCAACGACGAGGCUCCGGGGAGAUUGUCGCGCCGGGAGCGCCCGGCGCGCGCGGAGCGAAGCGCGACGCCGCCGAGCUCGUCGGACCGGCGGCAAAAACGUGGAGGCGGAACGACGACAACGGCGGCCACAACGGCGGCCACAACGGCGACCACAACGGCGGCCGCGCGCAGGCCGCUCGCGCCGCCGCGCCCUCGCGGAACGACGGCCCGGCGGCGGCGGCGGCGGCGGCGGCGGCGCUGCCGUCCGGCGAGCGUGCAGCGCCGCCCUCGGUCUCCGUGACAAAGCCGCGCGGGAGCUCGGGGCCAGGCGGCGAUGGCGCCGCCGGCGUCCGCCGGGAGACGCGGCCGGGCGGCCCCGCGGGGCGGAGCGAGGCCGGCGACCGCCGUGGCGGCCCGCCGUCCGGGGGCCCCGGCGGGAGGGGGUCGGUGGCGAGAGUUUUCGUCGUGACGCACAAGGAGGCGCUGAUGGUUCGCGGCGAAGGGUCGGCGCCGGGGCUGAGUUUCUACGCCACCGUGAGGAUCUUGGAGGAGACGGUGCCGGACGAGCAGCGGGCGACUUCUGACGGACCGCGUGGCGGCAGCGGCGGCGGCAGCGGCGGCGAGCCCGGCGUGGGCAAGACGACGCAGAUGUACUUCGUUGGGGAGGCGGUGCGGUGGCACUCGAUCCUCCACCCGGGGGGCGCCUACGAGCUGCUGCUGCCCAGCGAGCAGGAGGCCUCCCUGUACUCCCCUCAACCGGGAGUCCCCGCUGGGGUCCUCCAGGCCGCGGGCUGCCCUCACCUCAUCCAGCUGAUGCCCAACUGGAAAAUCAGAAGCCUCGGGAGACCCGAAAGCCCGUCACGCACGCAGUUGGAACCGCAGCCCAGCACCUCUUCACAGAGGUCAGAGGAAAGCGAUGACCAUCGUCUGGGCCUCAUGAAUAUCAGAGACGUCUUGGAGGAAAGCUGCGAGCAACUGGUGUCGUUCACCGGUCAAAUUUCCGAGAGGUUCUGCUACCACCCGCACGAUCGCUACCGGAAGCUGCACGACUCCGCCUCGCGCAAGCGCCUGGGCAUUUGGCUGCCCGGAGACCCCGACCUACGGUUUGACGUGCAGGACCUCGACAGCCCCGAGCUGAGCGUCAGCGUCUACCUGGACCCGUCGUGCUUCGUGUACCCACUCGGCCUGCUGCCCGGCGCCACCGUCGCGUUCCGCCGCCUUCAGAGAUGCACGUCACGCGUGCGGAAGAAUGUGUACUGCAAGAUCCUGCCCGUGAGCAGCAUGGACGUGACUUCCUUCGCAGACGCCUCGGCCAGCCCGCUGAGCGACCCCUGGGGAGACGGAGCGCCCACUGUUCAAAUCGCCGAUCUCCUGUUGCGCGGCCAGCAGCGGGUCACGUCCGGGCGGCUCGGCUGCAGGGUCGUGCGAAUACGCUGGCUGCGCCUGUGCUGGGCCUGCGCCAUCUGCGGCUCCAAUUUCGCCCAGGGCCAGUGCAGCGGAGCUUCGCGUGGGACGUGCAACUCGGAAGAGGGCAGCUUCACGGCCAAAGCGAGCGUGAUAGUGGACGAUGGCACGGGCCAUGCGUUCAUGUACAUGGACGGCCUGCAGGUGGCCUCCCUCCUGGCCCUGUCUCUCCCGCAGUGGGAGGCCCUGCACCGUCACAUACUGAACACCUCUGGAGAGGCGUCCUUCAGCUACAGCGACAAGUUUUCAAGAGUCACUCUCGAAGGCCUCACGGAAAACCUCAUCCGGGCGCUCUGUUGCAGCCGCUCGGUGUCCCGACCACUCUGCCUGCGCUUUCGAAUCAAAACGUGGGCACAGGAAGAGCAGCAGGAGCAGCUGCGGCCCUUUGAGUUUGAGCUGAAGAAGGCGGCGUACAGCACCCUCGUGCCGUGUCGGCCCACGCUGCUGUGCAUGGGCGUGCGCGACCCCGCCGCUCACGCUCGCGGCGCCGGGUGCCAGGAGUCGUAGCGCGCCACGCGGGGGGGGCGGGGGGCGACGGGGGGGAGUUUGGCCUCGGCCUGUGGUGGAAUGUGGCGCAAACGAUUGUGUUUAUUGUGAAUAUUGUUACCGCGCUCGUUCAACCGCGAGAACUCUUGCUUGAGGAAGUUCCCCGCUACCUUCCAGCGGUACGGCCCGGCCGGCCGUUGCUGCACGUUUCCCGAUGGAGCAAUGGCACGAGUCAUUUUUCAAAUUUGGAUUGCGACGGGCGACACGCAGUGGCCCGCUCUCCACCGAGUGACGCGGUGGGAUCCUCAGCGUCCACUCUGGUGACGGAGACGGCUUCGGUGUUUUACGGUUGACGCGCCCUCUGCAUUAAACAGGGCAGCCUGUCGGAUUAGAAGUGCGAACCUUCGCUUCAAGUGACGAACCCGCUACCGCAAGUAAGAUUUUAUUCCACACACCCCUACCUGGACCGUGUCCCAGGAUGUCCAGUCUGAAUUUGAAGCUUUUAAAAAUGUUUUUUUAAUCUUAAUGUCCGUGACAUCACAGCUGUACGAUCUCCGUGCCUUUGGCUCGCUGUAAAUGCGGGUUUCCGUUGCCGCGACGCGACAGUGGGGUGACGUUCGAGGCGGAGCGCACGCCUUAGCUGCGUGUCUGUGAAAUCAGAGCUGUCGGUUGUCCUGCGUUGCCUCUUCAGCGAUGCUCUCGAUCGGGGGCUUUUACUUUGAAGUGGGGGAGGUCCAAGCAAACUGAGCAAGCAGGCUGUCGGGGUUUGCAUGUGUCAACGGAGCAAGACAGCUGACCUGAUUAUCGCCGUGCAAUCAUUCAGUGGCAUUGUGGAGAAUAAAUUAAUACAUUAUACCUCCGAUUAGCGCGGUUGGCUACGUACGGUGCGAAAAAAGUUCAACGUGCAAAUACGAAGUUCGGCAUGCGUCCAUACAUGUAUCUCUCAAGCAAACCUGACUGCUGAUGAGACACUGAUUGCCGAACCCAGUCCAGGGUUUGCUGGUAGUGAACCAAAGCUGCUGCUGGUAAGUCUCACUCCGAGAAGGCCUGCUGCUAUGACGUGUGUAAAUAGGACUUUUGUCUUUUUUAUGCGGAGGGAUAAAUGUGGGACAGAGGCGUGUUAUUUAUUUAUCUUGUAAUUAAAGCUGGCUUUUGUUGGGUCAGGUGAGUAAAGUAAUUGGUGUGUGUGUGUGUGCCCUGCAUGGCAACUGCUCUGUGUGUGCCAAGAGGUCAGAGGCAGAUAAAAAAACUUGCGGAUCAAUGAGAACCACAACAAACUCAACACACUCAAUGAGAACCACAACAAA